AUGACUCUCUCUACCCACUCACUUCCUAAGAAACCGGACCCACCUAAAAACACAAGCACGAGCACUCACCCCAGACCUACCCCGGGUCUGCCCCGGAAACCUCAGAAACCCCCAACACCGAUCCCACAAACAGCCGCGCUUCCUUCACCAGUUCCAAGUACAGAUUCACAUCCAAGCCCUGUGAUCAGUCAUCUACAAACAGCCGGGUCUCCAGCCACUGCUCCACCCGCUACUCCACUCGCUGAAAACCUCUCAGGUCCAUCUGAGACCACAGCUACCACAUCCAACGUAGGCAAUGGGACAUCUGGGACCAAUGAAACUGUUUCUGGACCGAACCAACCUGACACAAGUCAGCUCCGGGCACCACCAGUGACAACGAUUGCAGACCCAACCCCUGAGUGGAGGAUAGACACACUCCCACACCCCGUACAACCUCUUAAUGGAACUUCGUUGCCAGUCACUGACAGUGCCCCCAUGGUUCAACUAAACCCUCAAUCGAUUCCAACUCAGAUCACAUGGGACCUAUGGCGGAAGCAAUGUGGCGCUCUGAGAGAAUGUCCCUCAGCGCACAAGACUCCGAUUGCAGAGCCGAGAAUCUGUUUGCUGGAAGAUGCCUGCAAUCACCAAGAUCUUUUGUAUCUGGUUCUGCACCAGCUGUACUGCAGACAUUCUCUGGGCUUCAACAUCCUCACCGAGAUUCCUGAACUCAAUACACCUGACUGCGUCAAAGGACUUAAUACAGUGGAAUCAUUGCUAGAAAACAACAAAUUCCUUCACAGGGAAAUGCUGCUCCGAUUUGCCCGUACCCCGCUCAAUGCAACUGAGAUGAAAUCAUGUCUAUGGUAUAAAUCUAUGAUUGAUGAGCUGGUGAAGUGUCUUCCACUACUUGGGAACCGCUUUCUGGACGUAAACACCCCCAUUUAUCAGAAGGUUUCCAACCGUGGGUUUCCUCCACUCGUGCAGGAGAUAAGACAGGAAUUUCAAAUACAAUCGCCAGUGUUCAUGACUGUGAUCUUUGCCUCUAUGUGUCGCAAUCUAUACGGUUCUUGCAACAAUGCCAGCGAAAUUCAAGUGAAGCUCAAUCAUCUGUUUAAAAGAGAUCUGGACCUAGAUCAGCGAGGCAUGCCCAAAGAAUCUCUUUAUCAGUUGAUUGAUGAGUAUCGGAAAAUUCCUAUGCAGGGUGGACCAGGCCAAAUACCAUUGCCCAGCACCUUGACUGUGCCCUCACAAAUCCCUCAGUCUCCCCAACUCAGACAGCUAACGCAUGCUAUGUCAAAUUCUCUUCUCAAUCAAGCCUCGGCCCCACGGUCAAAUAUCAGGAGACAUCCCAGUCUCCCAUCGAAUCUCGUGACCACGAAUGGGGCGCGCAGACCUUCUAAUCCACCAACCCCCCAGUCUGCCACGGUGCCAUCUCCUCAGUCAGCUCAAAUGUCUCGCGCUGUCCCGGCUCUUCAAACUGCCCCUACUCAGCGUCACAUGCAGUUACAACCCCAUUUUGUGCCGGUGCCAUAUGGUCCUAUCCCAUACCAGUUUCCUUCUCAGCAGGUACAACAAAUACAGGAGAGUCAACAGGAAGCUCAGGCAAGAGCUACAAACUUGGUAGAGGCGCAAAGGUCUCAAACUCAGGCCUGGCUAAUGAAUGCCAACGGUCAGUUGUCGCCGACAUCCGGACAUAGUCAACUGCAAGCCAUCCCUCCUCGACAACCUGUUCAACCAGUUUACGCGGCUUGGCAGCAGGCAAAUCGUCAAUACGCACCUCAGCACGUUACCUAUGUUCCAUCUCCAACAGGACCGGUGCCGAUUUAUCACCCACAGACAAACGUCCAACAGAACCCUCAAAAUCCUUCGCGGCCUAAUCUGUUUGCUACUGCUACCAGUUUUCACCCCACUUUGUCUGCUUCUGCUAGUAGUUUUCACCCACAGAGCCAGGUAGCGUUGCAGAAUUCCCAAGCACACAUGAUGACUCGACCGGCGGGUUCACCUCGUCAGCUUCCCUCGCCACAGACUCCUCAGACCCAGCUUGCCCGCCCUCUUCCUUCCCAGCCGCACCUUCCUCCUUCGCAACCACUCCUUCCUCCUUCCGGCUAUCAGAUCCCCCAAACCGUUGCACCAAAUCCCAUGUUCUUUGGACUUCAUCAAGUCAAUCUUCGUGAUCCAAUGAAGAAGUGCGUCAAGGUCGAUCCUGCCGGUCAGUCGGUUGAAACCGAGCUGUACCAUUACCUGAACGAGUUCGCCAUGGAGCCCACUAUUGUGGAACAAGGGGAAUACAACUAUUCUUGGGAUUUUUUUGUCUCUCUCGAAGACAUGAAGAGGCGGUCUCGCCCAACCAACUCAACAGGGAAGGGAGGAACCCUCAACACGGUUAAUUACCAGUCGGGUUGUCGAACGUACCGUCUGCGGUGUAUCGAGGUUCCAGUUUCCGAGGUGGCAAAAGCGAUAGACCGAUGGUCGACAUCAUCGACCAAAUGGCCCAGUGUCUUUUACAUCCAUGUCAACAACGGGGAGCUGACACCGCGUCGAAAAGCUCACAAUGGAAAAGAUUUGCCUGUUGAUAUCACUUCAUGCCUAAAGGCAGGUGAAAACAAGCUGAAAAUUGACCUUCUUCUGGGACCGGAGGAAUGUGACAAGAUUCGCUACUUCUUCGCAGUAGAAGUCAUGACGACAUCCGGAUUCCAGCUGGUGCGCAGCCUUGUGAAAGCUGUUCCAGCAGAGGUUGGGCGUCAAGGUCUUCAGCAGCGUCUCAAUGAAGGCACCGGCGAUGAUGAAUUGGCUGUUGUGACCGACAGUCUUACCAUCAGCCUGGUGGAUCCAUUCACUGCCCGAAUCUUCCGGACUCCAGCCCGCUCCAUCUUCUGCAGUCAUCCCGAAUGUUUUGAUUUGGAAACCUUCAUCAAAACCCAGAAGUCCGUGUCGGGCCCAGGUCCGAUGAACGAUAAAUGGCGAUGUCCCAUCUGCAAAAUGGAUGCUCGACCACAGCUCCUGGUAUUGGAUCGGUUUUUCGAAGAGAUUCGUGCGGAGCUCGUUCGAACCGGCCAGGUCAAUGCUGCCGAUGCCAUCGAUAUCUUCCGGGAUGGAUCAUGGAAGUUGAGAGGCGUAUCGAAUCAUUCUCCGAAAUUAACGAGUCGUUCAACUCUUCCAUUGAAGCGCAAGGCUCCACCGAGUCAAAAUUCUGCUGAGUCGCCAACCUCACGGCCAAAAAUUGAACCCUCUGCCACCCCUACUGCCGCACCACAGCAGGAGCGGAUCGUCAUUGAAAUAGACUAA